AAGUCUUGCCAAAGUAUUGUAGUAGAGGUAUUGCGUUGUGGUCAUUCCAGGGCUACCUUUUGUACCGAAGUUAUAUGGAGCCGGUGAUGCCAUUGCGUUUUGCAAGACAAUUUGGUAGACUACAAGAGGUGCCGGAUCUUCCAUACGCAUAUGUGCCUAGUCACCACAAGAGCAGUGGGACACUAAGCAUCAACAUUGUCACGGAAUGUGCACGGUUGUGGAAUGAGAAUCGAUUUUUAUUUGUUGCCAUUGAUCCCAUGACAGAAGUUACUGAACAAAACAAUGUUGGUGAAAAUCUCGGAAUGGGUUAUCGAGAUUGGUUAAUGGGUUCAAAAGGUUGCAUGCUACCUUGUCGAGUUGAUGUUCUCGUGCUGUCAACAAUGCGUGCUUACAACUUAUCCAGAGUACACUCUAAGAUAUGUCACGCUAUCACGCAGAUGUUAACACCCAACUUCAAUGUUACCCCAGACGAAAGACCGCAUUUUAAGUAUGCAUUUUGGGCAUUUCCAGCAGCCAUUAAUGGUUUACAAUAUUGCUUACCUGUGGUGACGGUGGACGGGACCCAUUUGUACGGAAAGUACAAGGGUCACCUACUUUUGGCGGUGGCGCUCAAUGGAAACCGAGAACUUUUCCGGCUUGCAUAUGCUGUAGUUGAGGGGGAAACAUCUGAGAGUUGGUCAUGGUUUUUUCGUCUUCUUGUUCAAAGAGUUAUUCGUUCGCAUCGGGUUUGUGUAAUCUCUGAUAGGCAUGCAGGCAUUAUCAAUGCAUAUCGUGAUCUCCCUGAGGCCGCUGGGAGCACACCCAACAUCGAACAGUUUAAUGAGUACAUGGCAGAAAUCUGGCACGCAAAUGAAGCUGCAUAUAAGUACUUGAACGAUAUUCCGUGCGAGGCAUGGGCUCUCUGCUAUGAUGGUGGAAAUAGAUGUGGAAUUCUUACAACCAAUAGUUCGGAAAGUUUUAAUAAUAUGCUCAAAGGUUGUCGGAUGAUACCAGUUACGGCGAUACUGAAGAUGUCCUACACUAAAAUGGUUGAAUCAUUUGAAAAACGGCACAAGAUUCCUGUUCAGUGGAUGCAGAAGAACAUCCGCACAACUCCUAAAAUUACAACAAUUCUUCGACACCGCGAGAAGACAAAGCACAAGUGGGUAGCUACAAAUUAUGGUAAAUAUCAGUAUAUAGUUAGCCAUACUUCUCGUUCUGAUCCAGGUGCUACGUACAAUUAUAUGGUGGAUUUGGCUAAUAACAUUUGCACGUGUGGACAAUGGAUUGCAGAUGCAAUCCCUUGUGUGCAUGUUCAUGGCGUGUAUCAUUCUUUUCAACAACUUGCAGAUGAUCUUGUUCCAGACAAAUACUCUGUUCAGAGAUAUUUAAGUUGUUACAGUGGUUGGAUUGAACCGUUCAUUUUUCCAGAAAAUUUGAAUGUUGGUGAUUGGAAAGUCUUGCCACUGAUACGCCCCUUAGAAGAGACUCCACGUCGAGGACGUCGUCAGCAAAAUCGUUAUCCGGGAGAGAUGGAUCGUAGGGCAAAUUAAUAAUUAUGCUUUAAGUAUUUUUUAAGUGUACUUUUUUAUUAUGUGUUUAAAUAAUUGUACUUUUUUCUAUGUGUUUUUUAUGUUGUGUACUUUCUUAAAACUGGUUCGUUAUAAUUAAUAUUUAAUCAUAUU